GUGCAGAGCCUCAGUGAGGUGUCCGCGGGAAUGAGCCAUGGACUCGGGCAUCAGCUCAGUUCCUCUCGCGCCUGUCCCCGCCUGACCGUCCCCACGCGCUCCAGCAUGUCCGGCCCGGAUGCCUCCUCCUCAGGCAGAAACCUCGCGCUGUUUUUGGGAAUAACGUGCCUGGCCAUCUUCUCCAAGACCUCGGCGGAGCUCUCAGGUUACCUGUCGCGUGUGUUGAGGAAUUACACUGAAGAAGCGUGUGACGGAGACAUCCUGACUGUAAGGUGCCCACCAAGGACCACCAUCACUGUCCAAUCAGCUUUCUACGGCAGAAGAGACUCCGCCUACUCUCUGCAGUGUCCGCUGCCUUACAAUAUUGAUGGGCCACGCCCACUGAGUGAUGACAGUUCCUGUCAUGCAUCAACAGCACUGCAGAAGAUGUCAGAUGAAUGUCAGGACAGGAGGAGUUGUGAGCUGUUGGUUAACAGCCGUUUGUUUGGAACAGAUCCGUGUCCAUCCAUCAGCAAGUCCCUCACCCUACAGUACAAAUGCAGACCAAACGAGUAUAAGAGUAAGGUGGUCUGUGAAGGGGAGCGGUUGAGGCUGAGCUGUAAGAAUGGGAUGCAGAUUGCUGUGUAUUCGACCAUGUUUGGACGCACGCAGCAGGGAACGCUGGAGUGUCCUCCACACCACCGGAGGGCGCCGUUUGUGGACUGCCAGUCAGAGGUGGCGCUACAGGUCAUGACAUCACGUUGCCAGGGGAAACGGGCAUGUGUAAUCCGUGCCUCUACUCAGGUGUUUGGAGACCCCUGUUACUCCGGCACGAGGAAAUACCUUAGUGUCAUAUACACCUGUGUUCCAAAGAAGCUUUUGCAAGAGUCAGUUCAGAGAGUUCCAUUUGCCCCACCCCCCUCGCAACCUCAUGACCCCAAUGUGGUGGGAGACAGCGCACCGCCUGACGGGAACCCGUCCCUGACCUCUGACCCUGCACCAGGGAAAUCUAAGCGAGGGAAGUCUGGGUCGUACUUGGAGAAGAAUCGCUCGGCAAACGGACAAAAGGAAACCAAGAGAGAGAGAGAAGAAAACAGAGAUAAAGAGAAAGAGACUAGGGAUCAGAAUCCUACGGUCACCGUCACCACGACGACCAGCACAGAGAUGGCCCUGAUCAGUAAUGCUCUCGCAGCUUACACCUACAUCACAGAGCACCCGGAGCGCUGUGCGCUGUACUUCAUGUGCGGUGUGUGCGCGGGCCUGUUCCUCACGCUCUUCGCACUGGUGGUGCAGAUUUCCUGCCGGACAGACUGUAGACGGAGGCAUGCGGUCAGCAGGAAGCGCCCGCGGCCGGCCGAGUCGGACAGCGACAGCAGUGGCUCGGACUCGGACUGGGACUCUGGCUCGGACCUGUCGGCACGGCGACACCGCCGCUUCGAGCGCACACUCAACACCAACAUCUUCACUUCCGCCGAGGAGCUGGAGCGAGCGCAGAGGCUGGAGGAGAGAGAGAGGAUCAUCCGCGAGAUCUGGAUGAAUGGACAGCCGGACGUACCGGGCACUCGCAGCCUCAACCGAUACUAUUAAUAUACUCACAGCUGUGUUGUGAAGCGCACACACACUAGGGCUGCAACUGUCUGUCGAUUACGGAGUAAAGUUUGUCGUUUACUUUGGAAGCAUCACUCUAUACACCACCAGAAGCGUAGGGGCGACAUGGUUUCAUUUAAAAAGCACUCUACAUAGCUCUAUAAUGUUCAUAUGACUCACACAGUCAUUCUGACAAAUUGUAAUACACAAAAGGAAGUGUAGGGGGCGAUAUUGCGUGGUUUCAUUUAAAAAGCAUAUUAUAAUGCUCUAUCAUAUUUAUAUGAUCCAUGCUGUCGUUUUGACAGCUCUGUAAUGUUCAUAUGGUUAUUCUAACAAAUUGUAAUACCCUACAGGGAGCGUAGGGGGCGAUAUGGCUUCAGUUGUUUCAUUUAAAUAAACAAAAAAAGCUCUAUAAUGUUAAUAGGAUUCAUGCAAACAUUCUGAUAGAUUGCAAUACCACACAGGAACCGUAGGGGACGAUAUGGCUCCUACUGUUUCAUGUAAAAAGCGCUCUGUAAUGCUUUAUAAUGUUCACAUGAUGCACAGGGUCCUUCUGACAGGUUGCAAUACACUACAGCAAAUGUAGAGGGCGACAUGGCUUCUGUUGUUUCACUGCAUAACAAAAGAAGAACUCGCUUGCUGCACAGAUGGAACUUUCGAUGAUGGAACCGAAGACGACGUAACGGUUAGAUUAGUCGAUUGAUUGAAUGCAUUAAUCGAUUAGACUAAUAAUCGCUAGUUGCAGCCCUAACCCUAACACCGCCCAGGCUGUGUGUUACCCUGCUUAGCGUCGGCCAUAGCUGGGAUUUGUAGUUUUUCGGACACAUAGAAGACUACAACACAAACUGUAAUGGCCUGCUACGUGUGUUUGUUUGAGAUCUUACACACUUCCAGGCCUUUGCGGUGAGAAUAAGCUCCUCAGCCUGGUAAGCUUGACACUCCCACCGAGCUGAGAUCAAAGGUCAUUGAAGCAUGACCAGUGCACCUCUCUUCUGCUGAGGCUCAUGGGAGAUGUAGUCCCAAGACUGUAGGAUGUUUUUUUUUUUUUGGCAGCAAUUUGGAGUUUGAGGCAGCUCUGAAAGACAAAAUAAGCUCUAAACAGUUCCAGCACUCUGAUUGGUCCUUUCCUUCUGCCUGUCAAAACUGGAGGCGGGCUUCUGCAAGGCAAGGCCAAGGACGCUGGCCGGGUCUAAGGACUGUUCAUAAACAUGACCCUGGUCAAGCGGUGCUGUCUUUGAACGUUACCUUUAAAAAAAAAAAAAGAAGAAGAGAAAAUAUAUAUGAACAAAAAAUGCUUGGAAUUCAUCUCAGCCCUUAUAAAAUAUAUUUUGAAUAUUUAAUAGUUUUUUUUCCUGUUGAUGUUUUUUUUUUGGGGUUUUUUCCUGAAUAGUGAUUAUGAAAUAUUUUUAUACUGUGGCAGCGUUCACGUGAUAGCUCAGGGAUGUAAUCCGAGUGUUUCUGUGUAAAAUGGUACUAUUUUGUAUUCCUAAAAAUGGGAUGUACUUUGCUGAAAAAGUGUCUGCAGGAAGUAUCCAGAAGUGUAAACCUCAAAGAGGUUGAGGCCUAGCGUUUUUCCAUGUGAAUAGGCUUUAUUAUGCAUAGAAGCUGAGUGCCUUAUCCAGAACAUGGGAGAUACAGCAUUGUAGAGCUGCUUGUGUUGAAUGACCUCUUACCAUGUCCAGUUCGUUCAGUUUGGUAAGAGCUAAAGGGGAAUUCCACUGAGUUUUCUUUUUUUUCCCCCCGCAAAUUUCUGUGUAAUAAAGUGGCUGGGACUGAAUUACUUCAGCAAAGUCAUUCAGAGUGGUUUGAGAGUCUCCGACUUCCUCUCCUUAGUGGUGAUAGGAACCAGGGGUUGUGAUGUCUGCAACACAAAUAUAUCCAUUUUAUUUAUUUAUCCCAAAAGGCCAAAAUCAGUUUUUGUAUGUAGUGUUAAUACAGGUGGUAAACUUCAAAAUUAUCAUAAAAUAAUGUCUCUGACAGUGUAUUUGUAACCAAUCUGUGUUUUGAUCUUUGAUCAAAACAGUAUCACUUAAAAAAAAAAGAAAAAAAAAAAAAAA